UGUGCGCACAACAAAAUACAAUCUGUAACAUGUAUUGAUAUAUUUUUAAAUUUAAAAUUACAUCUAGUUGUACUUCUGUCUUCAUGUGAAAGGUGAGAGGAUAAAAUCCUACUCUUUUGGUCCUUCGUGGUCUAGCUAGUCUCAACCUUGGACCAACGCUGUAGCAACAUCUUAAUUUUAACAUGAUUCCAUUGCUGGGGCAGAGGAUAUAUGAACUAAACUCUUCUCUGAUUUUGUGGUCAGUAGCUAUCUUGUGUACAUUACUGGUCAGUUGGUGGCACUGUAGAAGGAGGAGUACCAACAGUGUUCCUAAGAAAUGGCAGUGUGUUGGAGAGCUGUCCGAACUGACAUUAUUUCCUGUGAAGUCAUGUGGUGGAAUAAGCUUACAGGAAGCUGAAUGUACCGAGUAUGGAAUUCAGACGGUUACUGAUGGUCCCUUGAAACUAAGAGAUAGAUUUUUCAUUGUUGUUGAUGAACACAAUGGAAUGUUCAAGACAGCACGAACACACCCUAAAAUGGUGCUCAUUAAUAUGGCUCUAGAUGGUAAUGACGCUGUGAAACUCUCUGCUCCAGACAUGUCAGAACUCCAGGUCAAGGUUCCAGAAUAUUCAGAAAAUAACAAAUACUCACAUUGCAAAUUUUGGGGUAAUGAGAUGUUGGGAACUGUUGAUUGUGGGGAUAUGGCAGCAAAGUGGCUGUCUCAAUACAUGUUGGGUAAAGACAAUGGAGUGCGGUUGGGAUAUCACCUGGCAGAUAUUAUGCCAAGAAGAGUUGCUGACAAGAAUCUCAAGCAUUGUUAUAAGACCCUUCAAGACAGUGAUUUGGGGGCAUAUUCAGACCUAUCUAGCUUUAUGCUGAUGACAGAAUCAUCAAUAGCUGACUUGAAGACGAGAGUUCCUCCGGAUGUGUCCGUUGUACCGAGACAGUUCAGACCAAAUUUCCUUGUACGAGCAUCAGUAGCCUAUGAGGAGGACAAAUGGGACUGGAUCAGGAUUGGUGAUACAGCUGUGUUCAGGAAUGUCAAGCCAUGCACCAGGUGUCUUUUCACAACAGUUGACCCAAACACGGGCAUUAAAAAUCCACACAAAGAGCCUCUAUCCACACUCAAAAGAUACCGAAAGUUGACUGAUCCGACUAAGCUGAAGGUGGAGGGCUCUGCUCCUGCAUUCGGAAUAAAUCUUGGACUUCAUCGUAAGGGUAUCAUCAGAGUAGGUGAUAAUGUGUUUGUAGGGACUGAGUAGUAUCUAUUUGCUGAGUUGAUCAUUAAAGAUUUGCAAAUGCUCUCUUAAUACCAUAAUACUCAAUAAAUAAAAACCAGUCAUAAAUAUGGGUCAUGUUAGUAAUAAGGUCAGCCAUUUUCAGACAUUUGCAUAAAACUGUGGACAACAAAUUGUUGUUUACAAUAAAAUUAACAGUAGCUCACUUGUUAAGACAGGGUGUAUCAGUCUAGUAGAUGGCUUUAAGGUUCGUGUUAUACAACAUGGAGAAUGCAAAAAAAUGGUCACUAUACAAUGCUGAAUGUGACUUUCUAUGUGAAGAUGUGAUAAAAUAUAUAAAUACUCAUAUAGACGUUAAGAUUACAUUGGUUAAAGGUUCAUAUCUUCUUUUAUACAUAUAUACCAUAAUGCAUAAAAUAUAUUAUUGCUUGAAUUUUUCAACAUUGGAGUAGGAUGUAUUAUAUAUUUUUUUAUAAAUGUUAAUUUUACUUAAGAAGGAGAAUCUAUAGAAGAUUAUGGCUUUUGCCGAAGUUCUGUUUGGAUCAUGUAUCCAGAAACUGUUAGUUACUGUGACUGUGGGUUUUGCAGCCAACAGGAUGAGACUGUAAUACUGAGAAAAUGUUUCAAUUUUUAAUAUUUAAAUAUAGAAUAAAGUUAUAAUAAAUAAUAUUUGUUUGAAA